AAGACGCAGAGCUUUUUAAUUAAUUUAUUUCAUAAACAAUAAUUUUAAGAUUAGAUAUUGCAUAAGUUUUUUUGCCGUUUACUUCAUAAGCAAUUCACGUAGAGUUCAUUAUUAGUUUGGCAUAGCCCCUGUUUCUAAGAUCCAUGAUCUGACACAAAAUAAUAAAUGCAUCAAAGAAGUUGUGAAUCCAUUCUGUAAAAACUCGGGGCAAAAACUCGCGCACACACAACCCAUAGUACCAAACUUUUAAACUACGCUGAACUACAGUGGCUGCAAAGAUGAUUCACUACAAUGUUUGAAAAUGUUAUAAAACCAUUAAAUUAAAUUGUUUUGUCGCUUAUUGGAUAUCUGGCCGUCUAUGGAAAUCGAGCCAUCACUUUUCGAAAAUCUCACAAUUUUUUAAUAAACCGUAAUAUUUUACUUACAUGACAUAAUAUAACAUCCUGUUUUAAUUAUAUGAUAUAAUAUGAGAAUGAGUCAAACUUCGGAAAUUACCAUCUGGUUCCACGAAUAGCAACCAUACUUUUUACUUGUCAAUAUUGCUUAUACCCAAAGUUUAGCAUGCUAAAUUCGCAAUCUCUUUCUCAUAGUACGUGUAGGUUUUUUUUUAUUACGUACACCUAUUUCGUGCACGCAAGCGCACUUUAUAUUGUUCUUACCAGAAAGAAACAGACCAUCGAACAUCACGCACACCUAUUCAGUUAAGCUCGAGCUUCUAGCGUGGUCUGACCAUCUGUUAUUCGUAAUCCGAAAUGUGAUAACAUUGUUGACAAAAUUAAUAGAAAUACUCAAUAUUUAAAAACAACGUGGCUAGCGCAAAUUUCGCAAACACAUUGCGUGUAAAAUUUCAGCUUACCAAAUAUUAAAAUACUGUUAGAAAUGAACCUAAUUACUACGGAACGUUCAUCAAAAACUAUUCUAAAGAACGAAAACGAUUUUAAUUACGCGGUGCAAGUGAGUCGCGUUAUUCUGCGAAUGCUCGGCCUAUGGCCCAUCCCGAGAUUCGCGUCUAACGCGGAAAGAAUCGCGAUUCGCUUGCAAAACGUUGCUUGUUACUUUUUAUUAACGUUUGUUCUCGUGCCGGGUGUUCUAUUAAUAUUCUUGAAGGAACGCGACUUCAAACGAAAAGUCAAAUUAAUAGGACCGCUUUUCAACACUUGGAUGGCUGUCAUGAAGUACAGUCUAUUGAUUUAUUAUGCGAAAGAAAUCCAAUCAUGCUUGGAACAGGCACGUAAGGAUUGGCAGAGCACGAUUAAUUGGAAUGAUCGAAAAACGAUGCUGUUUAAGGCGAAAACGGGCCGAAAGUUCGCGAUUUUCUCCGCCGCCUUCAUUUACGUCGGCGGACUGUCUCAUCGUAUCAUCGUACCGAUCUCAAAAGGACGAAUAUUGACACCGAUGAAUACUACCAUAAGAGUUCUCGCGUGCCCCGGUUACUUUGUCAAAUUCGACGAGCAAGAAUCACCGGCAUACGAGAUCGUUUUUAUCCUGCAAUUCUUCGCUGGAUUUAUCACCUAUUCGUUAACAUGCGGUCCGGCCGGGCUAGCGGCAUUCUUCAUCAUGCACGUUUGCGGUCAGCUGAGUGUUUUGAUUGACAAACUGCAGCGUCUCAACGACCUGGCGGAGCCUGAAGAUCGAGCUGUCGCGACUUUGCUGGCUGACAUUGUGGAACAUCAAAUAAGAGUAAAAAUAUUUUUGACACAAGUGGAGGAAGCUAUGCGAUUCAUAUGGUUAGUCGAAAUAGUAGGAUCUACUUUACUCUUAUGUUUCGCAGGAUAUUAUAUUAUUAUGGAAUGGGAGAGUAGUGAUUCUACAGCCAUGCUAACUUUUUCUGUGAUGCUCACAUCUUUCAUUAUUUCCAUUUUUACUAACUGUUAUGUCGGUCAACUUUUAACCGAUCAGAGCAACAAAGUUGGAUUGAAAACAUCUACGAUGAAUUGGUAUCGUCUUCCGCAUAAAAGGGCCCGUAGUUUAAUCCUAAUAAUGGCAGUUUCCAAUAUUCCAGCAAAAAUCUCUGCAGGCAGUAUGAUAGAAAUGUCGCUACCCACAUUCAGUAACAUUAUCAAAACAUCGAUGGCGUACUUUAAUCUGCUUCGAAAAUUCAUCGCGAGAGCAUUAACGAUACCAUGGACAAAGACUGUAAGUGGCAUUCAGCUGCAUCCGCUGAACCCUCGCGCUUGGACGAUGCACGGAACUCUUAUGCAGAAGACGAAUCCCAUCGCGACCGUUUACGAUCAUGAAAAAGAUAUACGGCUGAGCAUUCAGCUGAAUCGUUGGAUACUGAAACCGAUCGGCGCCUGGCCAAGAUCAGCAGAAACUUCAUGGAUAGAAAAAUACGUUUAUAUACUAGUAAACGUGAUUUGUACCAGUCUCAUCGGCUUCCUGUUCAUACCUUGCGUUGCCUACAUGGCGCUCGAGGUAGAAGACACGUAUAAUACCUUGAAGCUUUCUGGACCGCUGAGUUUCUGUUUGAUGGCCAUCAUUAAAUAUUCUUCGUUGAUCUUCCGCGAAAAAGAUAUCCGUAAAGGUAUCGAGCAUAUCGAGAACGAUUGGAUAAAUACGGAGCAUUAUGAAGAUCGAAUCAUCAUGAUUAGAAACGCAAAGUUUGGCCGUCGUCUCGUAGCAAUAUGCGCACUCUUCAUGUAUGGAGGUGCCGUAUUUUAUUAUCUCGCCAUGCCAUUUAGCAAUGGAAAGGUCACGGAAGAUGACGGAAAUUUGACGUAUCGGCCUCUGGUGUUUCCGGUGGCCAGAGCGAUUAUCGACGCGCGAUACAGUCCCAUCAGUGAGAUCUUCUUCUGGGUGCAGUGUCUAUCGGGCUUCAUUGCGCAUUCUAUCACCGCCGGUGCAUGUAGCGUAGCCGCAGUAUUCGCAAUGCAUGCUUACGGCCGUUUGGAGGUUCUUAUGCAAUGGAUCGAGCAUUUGGUGGAUGGAAGGGAAGAUUUUCACAGCAACUUGGACAGGAGAUUGUCAAUGAUUGUGCAACAGCACGUUCGAAUUUUACAUUUUAUAUCACUAACGGAUAAAGUACUGCGUGAAAUAUCUGUCGUGGAAAUUGUAGGAUGUACAUUAAACAUGUGCUUUCUUGGAUAUUAUACUAUCACGGAGUGGAGUAGUAAAGAACCUGCACGUUAUAUAACAUACGUUGUCCUGCUUAUAUCUCUUACGUUCAAUAUUUUCAUAUUUUGUUACAUUGGUGAACUUGUUGCUGAACAGUGUAAAAAAAUCGGUGAGGUUUCGUACAUGAUCGAUUGGUAUCGUCUACCAGAAAGAAAAGGUCUCGCCCUCGUGCUAAUAAUCGCUAUGUCCAACUCGUCUGUCAAAUUUACUGCCGGAAAUUUGUUCGAGUUGUCUCUCAGUACCUUCGGUGAUGUGGUUAAGACAUCCGUCGCCUAUUUAAAUAUGCUUCGUACAUUAACUUCAUAAAACCUCUUACAUGUACAGAAAGCAUUGCAAUUGUUUGGCUUUAAAUAAAUGUUAAUUUAUUAUCCAAUCUCUUCAAGAAAACAAAAGAAA